GCUCAGACAGUCUCUGGGAGGCUGAAGGGGGGGAGGAGAACAGUGCAGAGGCAGAAGGAGGGACCUGUGCUUUUUUUGCACGAUCCAGACCGACUUCCAACCUGAAAUCUGAAACUGCAGAAGUAGUGUGGCUCACAGAGCAUUUGCAACUCUCUGCCGUGUGCUCUCUCUCUCGCUCUCUCUCUAAGUUCACUUUUUUCAGACUGGUUUCACACAUUCCCCAAUCAGAGGAAACCUUAACAGAGACACUUCUGCCACAGUGGAUGAUCCUGAGGGGACACCAUGCAACCGAUGGGCCCGAUUGGUCUGUGUGUGGUGCUCUGCAUCCGCGGCAGCCUGUCCACACCUCUGCCAUUUUACAGUGUUCUAGAAGGAAGUGCAGAUGGGGAAGAGCCCAACAUCGUCACUUCCUCUGUGCCCACCAGCAACCUUUCCACACCGAACCAAACCACACCUGUUGGCCCCACCCCUGCAGAAACCCACUUCCUAAAUGGAGUGGUGGACUUUCUGGAGGAGAACAUGCUUCUCAUCCUGGUAGCGGGCUCGUUCAUCCUUCUUUUCUUCCUGCUCAUCUGCGGGGCGAUCGUCAUGAGCCACAGGCGCAAAGUCAACACCUACUACCCUUCGUCUUUCCCCUCGAAAAUGUACGUGGACCACAGGGACAAAACGGGGGACGCUAAACUCUUUAAUGAGGUGCCAGAAAAACCCGCUCCAGAGCAGGAGAGUGAGCCGGUGGACUCUCACAAGCAGCUGCAGGCAGACAUUAUGAGGGCCGCCAAGCGGCUGCGCACGCCUAACAAAUGUGGCGAUGCCGCAGGGGGAAGCGAUCCCAGUCAGAAGGUAGCAGACCAAAGUCUGUCCGAGGACAGCGCUCCUCCAGAUGGCGGCAUCCUGGACCAGCAGCUACCAGGUCUCCCUUUGGAAAAGGAGCCGUGUGGUCCUUCUGAGGGGGAAGCAGCUGAGGAGGAGGAGGAGGAGGGAGGAGGGGGAGGAAGCCCCGAGCUAAACGAGUCCCCGGAGCCUUUGACCGGCAGGAGUCUGCGGCCCUCCUCUUUGCACAUUCACAAUGACUCCGCCACACUGCACCUGAUCGCAGGACAGAAAACUGCGUUUUAACUGUUCUGAAAACUGUCACCCAAAUGUAUUUGUGUUUAUGCGUUAAAUCCAUCCAAGAUCAAUCCAAGUAGCAAUUUGUACAAAAAGGUUUCUAAAUUCUAAUCCUGGUUGUUUCUUUGUAAUGUUUAUAUUCAGUGCAGGGCAAUGCAUGCAGCAACUUGUUGCUUUGCUCAGACUGGAUGCAUUGUACAUACCCUAUAUACCAUGUCUAGUGUAGCGUGCUCUCUUUAAUAUUUAUACGUAUGGGAGGUUUUUGUGUUGUGCACCAAACGACAAUGUGCAUCGGAUUCCUUCAACAUUCCUGCAAAAAACGUUUCUGGUAAGGUCCCAUUUAUUGUUUUACAGAUUAAGAUUAGUCAAAUAUAGAAAACAGCCUGAGGAAUACGUUUUGGUUUCAGGGUACUUUUAUUGCAUAUCGUCAAGCGUUACUAAAUAAUCAUAAAUUACACUCAAAACAAA